AAACCAGAAGUUAUGAUGGAGACAGCGCCCACCGCUGAUUUAGUUUAUCAGGGAAUAUGUACACUUUACCACAAUCAGAAUCCCAAAGAAAAGGAAAAGGCCAACAAAUGGCUGGAAGAAUUUCGAAAAUCGAUUUACUCCUGGACAAUAGCUGAUGAAUUGCUGCAACAAAAACGGGACAUGCCUUCGUGUUAUUUUGCGGCCCAGACAAUGCGCAACAAAAUACAAAAUUCAUUCAAUGAAUUGCCAAUGAAUUCACACGAAUCGCUGAGGGAUUCUUUGAUUGCACACGUAGGACAAAUCACCAACGAGACGGAUUCAAUUAUUGUGACACAAUUGUGCUUGGCCGUGGCGGAUUUGGCCCUGCUGAUGGCAUCGUGGAAACAACCGAUUAUAGAUUUAUUGGAUAUGCUUUCACCACAACCUCAAUCCGUGUGGCCACUGCUGGAAAUUUUAACCUUACUACCGGAGGAAAUAGACUCACGAUAUUUACGCCUGGGGGCAAAUCGUCGUGAAGAAAUCCACAAACAAUUGGAUGCGGCAGCCCCCAAAGUUAUGGACUUCCUUUGUGUGUGUAUGCAGCAACAGCAACAUGCAGGUGGUGAAAGUGUGGCACAUGAGAAAAUUAUUAACUCAAUACUGCGCUGUUAUUGUUCAUGGGUGGCCAUUCAGGCUAUACCCCUACAACAGGCAGCACAAAAUCCCUUAACUCAACAAGUCUUUCAGUUACUUAGCAUUGAGAAUACAUCCAGAAAACUACACGAUUCGUCCACGGAAUGUCUGUGUGCUCUCCUGAGUUGUAUGGAGGCGAACAGUGGUCGUGAUACCCUGGAUCCUCAACUUAAAAUGCAAAUUUUUAAUGCCGUCUUUAUGCUGGAGACAGCCUAUCACACAUGCGUCGGCAUGGAAGAUAUCGAUAAAAUUAUGAAUUUUUGCCGCAUCUUCACCGUGCUGUGUGAGGCAUUUUUCUAUGAAAUGUUUGCCAACGAAGAUAUACCUCAUUACUCUAUUAAGGGAUUGGAUUUAGUGCUCAUAUGUGUGGGACACUACGACUACGAAGUGGCGGAGAUAACCUUUAAUCUUUGGUAUCGUUUGAGUGAGGAGCUGUUCCAGCGUAAUAACGAUAAACUGACAUCGCAUUUUAAACCGCACAUAGAACGAUUGCUGGGUGCUCUGUAUCGUCUAACACAAAUGGAACCUGAUCAGGAGGGAUUAAUCGAUGAGAACGACAGUUUUAAUGAUUUUCGACGAAAGGUUUCCGAUUUAAUAAAGGAUGUUGCAUUUAUUGUUGGCUCUGGCAACUGUUUCAAACAGAUGUUUUACAAACUACAAGAGCCUGGCUGUACAUGGGAAUCAACGGAAUCGGCAUUGUUUAUCAUGCAAAAUGUAGCCAAAAAUAUAAUACCUGAUGAAAACGAAGUCAUACCCAAGGUUGUGGAGGCAAUUUUAAAUCUUCCCGAAAAUACCCACAUAGCUGUACGCUACACCUCAAUUAUGUUACUGGGCGAGCUAUGCGAUUGGAUCGAAAAUCAUGCUGAGAGUUUACAGGCUGUCUUGAAUUUUCUUUUGUAUUCGUUGCAACAGAAAAAUGGUUUGGCGGCCGCAGCGGCAAUUGCCUUAACCUCCAUCUGUGCAUCGUGUCGCCAAAAAAUGAUCUACCACAUAAGUGGCCUAGUGGAAAUAGCGAGAAGUUUAGAUAGCUUUGAAAUUAGUAAUGAUUUGGCCAUUGGCCUGCUAAAAGGCAUAUCAUUAAUUUUAUCCCGUCUACCAAAACAACAGCUGGAAACGGCAAUGCGUGAAAUCAUAUCGUUCCAGCUGCAGCCAUUGGCCAUAAUGGUGGAGAGCACGGCAACAGCGCCCAUCUGUAAGGGAGAACGUACAGAUCCUGCCUAUUGGGUUGAUCGAGCCUGUGCUGUAAUACGUCACACAAAUCCCGAUGUUAGCGACAAUGAAAUACAUCCCACACUGAAUAUACUCACAGAAGCAUGGCCACUGAUAUCCCGGGUAAUGGAUAAAUAUCAGGCCGAUGUACGUGUUAUGGAACGUACAUGCCGCCUUAUACGCUACAGUGUACGUAUGGUGCGCAAGCAAGCCUCAAUGCUAGUUGAACCGCUUAUCCAUCAAAUGGUCACACUGUAUGCUCUACAUCAUCACAGUUGCUUCCUGUAUUUGGGCUCCGUGCUCGUGGAUGAAUUUGCCAAGGUCGAUGAUUGCAUAAAUGUGCUGCUGGUAAUGUUGAAAUCGUUUAUCGAACCCACCUUUAAAAUGUUACAAGUGGAGAAUGGCUUGAAAAAUAAUCCCGAUACUGUGGAUGACUUUUUCCGCCUGUGCUCCAGGUUUAUUGACUGCUGUCCAUUGCCAUUUUUGCAAAGUGCAUUGGUAACACCGAUAUUUCAAUGUGCCCUGUUGGCAUGUACCUUGGAUCAUCGUGAAGCCAAUUCAUCGGUUAUGAAAUUCUUUUGUAAUCUCCUGAAAUGGGGACGUAGCAACAAUUAUAAAUUGCUGGAAUGUAAACCGUUGGUUCGUGAAAUAGCCGAACAAAAUGGUGAAGCUUUAGUUAUAAAUCUGAUACAAGCUUCAGUGUUUUGUUUGCACUCGUAUAUGUUACCCGAUGUUGCUGAAGUACUGACCGAACUGAAGGAUGUCAUCACACACGAACAAAUGGAGGCUUUCCUGAAGGUUGCUCUGCAAAGUUUGCCAAAGAAAAAUAGUGGAGGAUAUGUUACGGCAACUGAUGAACAAUUGCUGGAUUUUCAAGAAGCUGUUAUGAAAUCAACAACCACGAAAUCUGUAACAUUGGCUCUAAAAACCUUUACACGGUUAUAUCGUUAA